AUGGCUCCAUUAAACUUAGGUUUCGUCGGUACUGGUAUCUUUGCCACUGAUAAACAUUUACCAACUUUCCAAAAAAAUCCAGAACAUUUCAAACCAAUUGCUGCUUUUAAUAGAACAAGAUCCAAAGCUGAAACAUUUGCUGAAAAAGCCCAAAUUGAAUCAAAUCAUAUUUAUGAUUCACUUGAUGAUAUCUUGAAAGAUCCAAAAGUUGAUUUCAUUGAUGCCCUGUUACCAGCUCAAAAUAAUAAUGAAACUAUUCAAAAGGCAAUUCAAGCUGGUAAACCAAUCAUUGUCGAGAAACCAAUUGCUGCUGAUUUGAAAGAUGCCCAAAAAAUUGUUCAAUUAUCAAGAGAAACUGAAUUACCAAUCUUAAUUGGUGAACAAUGGAUUUAUUUUAAAUCAGUUGAUUUAAUUAAAGAAAGAUUAGAAAAAAUCGGUCCAAUCAUUUCAUUCACUUAUAGAUCAACUGGUCCUUUCUAUAAUCAAAAUAAAUAUUUACAAACUUCAUGGAGACAAAACCCAAAACAUAUUGGUGGAUUCUUAAGUGAUGGUGGUGUUCAUCAAUUAGCCUUAUUAACAGAAGUCUUAGGUGAAGUUUCCACUAUAAAUGCUCAUACAAAACAAGUUCGUAAAGAAUCUGGUACUGAUGAUAUCUUAUUCUCUACUGUUAAAUUAGAAAAUGAUGUUAUUGGAACUUUUACUUAUGGGUCUGCAUUUGGCGCUGUGGAAAAACAUGGUUCUUUUAUUAUUUAUGGAUUAAAUGGUUCAAUUACUUUAGAUUUUAGUGCUAAAAAUCCUCAUAAAAAGUUAACUACAUUAAUUGGUACCUAUGGUGAAGAAAUUAAAGAUGAAGAAGUUUUAGAAUUUGAUGAAGAUCCAACCCAGGGUGUUGGUUUAGAAUUUGAAAAUUUUUAUCAAGCUGUUACUACUAAAGAUAAAUCAAUUUUAAAAUCUACUCCAGAGAAAACUUAUCAUCAUUUAGCUAUUAUUGCAGCUGCUUUAGAAAGUUCACAAAAAAAUGGUGAUACAGUGGAAAUUUCAAAGCCAUAG